AUGAUGGUGGGGAGAGCGGUGUACGAGAGAGCCGGGGGAAGGAAAGGUUGUCGGGCCCGGAGUGUGGGGAGUGGGGCGGGGAGUGGGGCGGGGAGUGGGGCGGGGAGUGGGGCGGGGAGUGGGGCGGGGAGUGGGGUGGGGAUUGGGGCGGGGAGUGGGGCGGGGAGUGGGGCGGGGAGUGGGGCGGGGAGUGGGGCGGGGAGUGGGGCGGGGAGUGGGGCGGGGAGUGGGGCGGGGAGUGGGGCGGGGAGUGGGGUGGGGAUUGGGUUGGGGAGUGGGUUGGGGAGUGAGCGUCUGCCAUGCCCGCACUGGCCUGUAGGAGCGGGGAGAGGGGAGGAGAAGAACGGGGUAAGGGAGGGAAUGGGCAGCACAAGAAAGCGCAGAUCGUGGAAUAUUCUCACCGUCGCACAUUCCCAACCCAACUCACCCAUUCUCACCAGCACUCAUCUCCACGCCUCCAACUCACCCAUUCUCACCAGCACUCAUCUCCACGCCUCCAACUCACCCAUUCUCACCAGCACUCAUCUCCACGCCUCCAACUCACCCAUUCUCACCAGCACUCAUCUCCACGCCUCCAACUCACCCAUUCUCACCAGCACUCAUCUCCACGCCUCCAACUCACCCAUUCUCACCAGCACUCAUCUCCACGCCUCCAACUCACCCAUUCUCACCAGCACUCAUCUCCACGCCUCCAACUCACCCAUUCUCACCAGCACUCAUCUCCACGCCUCCAACUCACCCAUUCUCACCAGCACUCAUCUCCACGCCUCCAACUCACCCAUUCUCACCAGCACUCAUCUCCACGCCUCCAACUCACCCAUUCUCACCAGCACUCAUCUCCACGCCUCCAACUCACCCAUUCUCACCAGCACUCAUCUCCACGCCUCCAACUCACCCAUUCUCACCAGCACUCAUCUCCACGCCUCCAACUCACCCAUUCUCACCAGCACUCAUCUCCACGCCUCCAACUCACCCAUUCUCACCAGCACUCAUCUCCACGCCUCCAACUCACCCAUUCUCACCAGCACUCAUCUCCACGCCUCCAACUCACCCAUUCUCACCAGCACUCAUCUCCACGCCUCCAACUCACCCAUUCUCACCAGCACUCAUCUCCACGCCUCCAACUCACCCAUUCUCACCAGCACUCAUCUCCACGCCUCCAACUCACCCAUUCUCACCAGCACUCAUCUCCACGCCUCCAACUCACCCAUUCUCACCAGCACUCAUCUCCACGCCUCCAACUCACCCAUUCUCACCAGCACUCAUCUCCACGCCUCCAACUCACCCAUUCUCACCAGCACUCAUCUCCACGCCUCCAACUCACCCAUUCUCACCAGCACUCAUCUCCACGCCUCCAACUCACCCAUUCUCACCAGCACUCAUCUCCACGCCUCCAACUCACCCAUUCUCACCAGCACUCAUCUCCACGCCUCCAACUCACCUGGAAAAAUGCAGCACGAGCACCACCCCUCUGAAAAACUCCCUCCACUGCUGAAGCUUCCGCGCACCUUCCUUCCGCCGGCUGGACAGCCCCCCGCCGCCCGCCUCAUCAUCAUCCUCGUCGUCGUCGUCAGCACCGCCGGCUGGAUCUCUAUCCUCGUCAUUAGCUGCACCGUCCUCGUUAUUAGCCUUUUUGCUUGGAUUUUGGGAGCUGCUACUGCCUGCAGCAGCAGUGGUAUUGGGCUGGGCGGAGAGAGUUGGGGGGGGGAGGGAGUAAAGAGUGUCAUUUGGCAGCAGCGGCAGUGUGUCAUUUGGCAGCAGCGCCAGUGGUGUGGUGUGGCGUUGGCAGCAGUGGUGGCGACAGUUGCAGCAGCGGAGGAAUUGGGCUGGGCGGACAGAGUAGCAGGGGGAGGGAGUAUAGACUGUCACUUUCCAGCAGCGGCAGUGGCGAAUGUUGAGGACUUUCUAGCAGAUUUGUGCCAAAAUGCACAAUGCUUUUGA